GCCCGGCGGGCGCUGGCUCCGGCGCCGAGCUUCCGGGCCGCCGAGGCAAGUGAGAGCCUCAGGCCGGAAGGGCGGGCGGAAGGCGCCUACUGGCUCCGGCCGGUUUCCGCCCUCGCUUGCUGUGGCGGCCGGGCGCCGCGGAGAAGGGUAGCCGCCAGGCGUUUGUGCAGCCGUGGGGACCGAGAGUGGCGUGAGGGAUCCCAAGGCCGCCCAGGCGGGUCGCCGGCCUACCGGCUGCAGGGCUCUCCUCCCCGCCUCCCUCCCCAGUUUCUGCCCGAGCUCUGAUCUGCCCUGUCCGACAACUUCCGGACUCCCAGGUAGGGAGGAGCCCCGGGUCAGCACUGCCAACUGCACCGACACUGAACACUCAGCCAGUGUGAGAAAAGCUGCUGACCCGGGGUUCCCUCCCUCGUCUUGGGGAGUAUCUGCCCAAACUCUCCUGGCACCUCAAGCAGAAAUGGUGGGAUCUGGGCCAGAUACCCCACACAGUGACUCAAAGCCACCAGCGGUACUGGAACGACGGGGUGCAUGGCCCUUCGCCUCCUCUGCCUUCUGAACUGGUUCACAACAGACCGGUGGCUUCAGUCUCGGGUGCCUUCAUUUCUUCCCUGUGAGUCCCCUCCACUGUACUCCUGCUCCCUCUGGUUUUCCUGCCUCCCUCUUCAGUGGUGAGACCCAAGGCUGGAUCAAGGCCUCCAGGGAAGAGCUCUACCAUCAAGAAAGGCAGCCCAGCGCCAGGCCUUGCCCAUGGACCCUUCUCAAGACCACCCAACGGCACCAGCAGGGCUGGUCUCCUAAGCCGCAGAGGGCCUGCACGCCCCACCCUUCGAAAGGAGCCAUGGUGUUUAGGAGUGGUGAAGGCCGCUCCCUGCAGUGGCCUGGCCCAGAAGGGGGCACUGGUUGCACGGGCCCCCAAAGCAUGCUCAGGGCCACCCUACUGCUUGUCAGCUUGCUCUGGGGGGCCCGGGGAACAGCCAGUGCCAGUCUCAGCCCAACUCUGGGCCAUCCCGUGCCCCUGACCAGGGCCCGCUACCUGAGCAUUGGAGAUGGCUCUGUGAUGGAGUUUGAGUUCCCAGAAGAGAGCGAGGGCAUCAUUGUGAUCACAAGCCAGUACCCAGGCCAGGGCAACAGGACGGGGCCCAGCCCCGUGCUGAGGGUCACCUCCCUGGACCCAGAGGUGCUGACCAUCAAGAAUGUGAGUGCUAUAGCCUGGGGCAGCGGCGGCAGCUUCGUGGUGAGCAUUCGCUCGGGCCUGCCUGGGAUAGCCCCACUCCACAUCCAGCUCACGGACCCCCGUGAGGCCCCGCCCAGGCUGAUCGAGGAGCGGAGAGAUUUCUGCAUCAAGGUCUCACCCGCUGAAGACACCCCCACCACCCUCGGCACUGACCUGGUCCACUUCUCAGAGAACCCAAUCCUCUACUUGCUCCUGCCUCUUAUUUUCGUCAAUAAGUGUUCAUUUGGGUGCAAAGUGGAGCUCGAGGUGCUGAAGGGGCUCUUGCAGAACCCCCAGCCCAUGCUGCUGGGCCUUCUAGGCCAGUUUCUAGUCAUGCCCUUCUAUGCUUUUCUGAUGGCUAAGGUCUUCAUGCUGCCCAAGGCCCUGGCUCUGGGCCUCAUCAUCACUUGCUCGUCGCCCGGCGGCGGGGGGAGCUACCUCUUCAGCCUCCUCCUUGGAGGGGACGUCACUCUGGCCAUCUCCAUGACUUUCAUCUCAACGGUGGCUGCCACUGGCUUCCUGCCACUGUCCUCAGCUGUCUACAGUCGCCUGCUCAGCAUCCAUGAAACACUCCAUGUGCCCAUUUCCAAGAUCCUGGGGACCCUGCUGUUCAUUGCCAUCCCCAUCGCAGCAGGCGUGGUAAUCAAGUCCAAGCUCCCCAAGUUCUCGCAGCUACUGCUGCAUGUCAUCAAGCCCUUCAGCUUUGUGCUGCUCCUGGGUGGCCUCUUCCUGGCCUACCGCAUGGGGGUCUUCAUCCUGGCAGGCGUCAGGCUGCCUAUCGUGUUGGUGGGCUUCACGGUGCCCCUGGUCGGCCUCCUGGUGGGCUACGGCCUGGCCACAUGCCUGAAGCUGCCAGUGGCCCAGCGGCGGACUGUCAGCAUUGAGGUGGGGGUGCAGAACAGCCUGCUGGCCUUGGCCAUGCUGCAGCUGUCCCUCCGCCGCCUCCAGGCUGACUAUGCCUCCCAGGCCCCUUUCCUUGUGGCACUUAGUGGCACCUCGGAGAUGCUGGCCUUAGUAAUUGGCCACUUCAUCUAUAGCAGUGUGUGCUCCGUUCCCUGAGGCCCCCUGGGUCAAGCUUUUGCCAGGCACCCCUAUCCCCCAACCUCCACCAACUGUCCCCACCAUUCUUGUGUACCAAAGGCCUUUAGUUCUCAUGCACUAUGCACAAGGAAAAAAAAUCCAGGCUUAUUUUUUUUACUCGUUUUUUAUUCUCCAGCUUUCAGUGCCAAAGAGGCCAUGCUGAAUACUGUAGGCAGGCACUGCCCAGAAAAUAUAUUUCAAUAAAACAGAGAAGCAAG